UUGGGGGGUUGUCUGAAGGCCAGUAUUGGGGGUUGCUGCAAUAUUUCUUUUAGAGUUCCAUCCUCUGUUAUGAUGGGUUGUAAAUCUUUGAUUAUUUUUCUUAUUCCUUCUAUUGCUGGGUUGUAUGUGGUUACUAGAGGUACACGGUUAUUUGUUUUGUUUGUUCUGAAUGUAGGUGGGCUGGAAGUGUUUUAAUGAGACCUUUUAAUUGCUUUGUAAAGUCCUUGCGUCGGAUCAUGAUCCAGUUUUUUAUAGUAGAUGGCAUUUUCCAGCUGCCUCUGGCCUUCUUG